AUGUUGCAAGAGCUCCAAGUGGAGAAUCGAAGGCUACGACAAGAUAUGACUGAAGCAAGACAAGCCUUGGAUUCGGCACGGCAGGCGGAGCAAAAUGCGACGACAGAGGCCGCCGACCUUCAAGAUGACCGAGCAAACCUGCAGCAAUCCCACAGCGUGGCGAUCGAGAGGCUGUCGACUCGGCUGAGUGAGGUCACGAAUGAGCACAAGCAGACCGUUGCAGACUUUCAGCGCAGACUCGACACGUCGGACCGACUCUUCAAGGAUGCCACCAAGGAGAACGGCAGGCUCAGGAACGAGCGGCAGCACGAGUACGAGCUCAGAGAGAAGCUGCGAAACCAGAAGAUCGCGCUCGAGACGGCCAACAAGAGUCUGGCGGAGGAGCUGCAGCGGGUGAAAGAUGAGAGGGAUAGGGAAAAGGCCGAAAAGGCCGAAAAGGCCGAAAAGGCCAAGGACAAGGCCAAGGAAAAGGCCGAAAAGGCCGAAAAGGCCAAGCGAAAGUGA